AGUUUACCUAGGUCAGGAAGUAGCGUGGAAGGUACUGGGGAAAUGUUUGGGCUAUGUUGUAGCUUUAAAAAGAGAUGUGGGACACACCAUGGCGUUAAAGGAGCACUAAGAACUGAUUGUGCUCUGCUUUCAUAUAUGCUAAAGUUAGAAGGAAGCUAGAAUGGAAACACUUGUUUUUCUGUUUCCUCAAUUGAACUUUUUUGCCCCAAAAGAGGAAGCAUAUUUCAAAAUGCUCUGUCCUGAGGACUUGUUGGCACCGAGAAUGAAAGCUAGUAAUUUCAGGUUGAAAGACAAGAAGAGCCGACUGAGCCUUCUGCUGACCAAGUCAGGCUCCCAUGAAAACAUCAGGCCAGAAAAAAAGACAGCCACCACCAACAACAACAUCUCACCAGAGGCAGCGUUGAGAUGGAGCGACUCCUUUGAAGAUCUGAUCAGACAUUCAGACGGAGUGGAGUCAUUCUCUCAGUUCCUCAGGACAGAGUUCAGUGAGGAGAACAUUGAGUUCUGGUUGGCCUGUGAGGAGUACAAGACCAUCGACUCGGAAAUCCGGCUCAUCUCCAAAGCCAAGCACAUGUAUUCUGUCUUCAUUGAAGCCGAGGCCCCAAAAGAGGUCAACAUCGACUAUGCCUCCAAAGUGGCCAUCCAGAAGACCAUGGCUUCGCCGACGAAUACCUGCUUCGAUGCGGCGCAGAGCAAAGUCUACAGUCUGAUGAAAAAAGACUGCUACCCAAGGUUCCUCACGUCAGACAUCUACCUGCACCUCACCAAGAGAAAAGGCCCCGGGACCACUAUGUACCGCCGGAGGUCACGGUCCUGUGUUUUCAAUGAGCCACGAGGGGAGGCCACCAGCGACUCCUCUGACUGGUUGUAGCGUCGUAAGCCGAGAGUAGCACAAUACACACACGGACACACACACACGUACCCUUACAAAUUCCCUUGCAGUGCAAUGCCUGUCGCUGACUAGUUGUGUGAUUGUGGAAAGCUGUACCUUUUUAAUGAAAGACUUUCUGAAGAGAUUUGACUUUACAGCUAUCAAUUAAAAUGUUCCCCAUCUAGACAGCAAACAUGAACAGACUGUGUAAGAAUACUAAUAUGCAAUAUUCAUCUUGUUUAUCGUUAAAUGUCUUGCCACUGCUUGUAUUAAUUCAAUAAUUUAUUAUAAUAAUAUGUUAUGUUGGCUUUUAGUUGUAAAUUGUAUAUAUUGUCUGGAGAGUAAUUAUUGGAAUAAACAACAUAUUAUA